CCUUUUUUUCCGUUAGUCAAUUCCUCACGUUCAGCCAAAGUAAUAUUCAACGCCGAGUCUCAUUACCUUAUCGUCUACCUUUUCCUUUUCUAUCGACUGAACUGAAAAUCAAAAUUCUCAAAGCUCGUUUAAUACUUUCAUCCCGCUGAGAUCAUAGCUUUUCUGCUUCAUCGCGACCUGAUCACCGGGCAAGGCAACCCGACCUCGUUUUCCCUCGAUCGGGUCGCCCGGCAAUGUCGGCGACCAAACCCAAAGCUUCAGUAACGAAUCCGAAUGCGAACACAAGCCCAAAGAUCUGGCUUUUUUCGCUACUGCUCACCCUCCAGUAUGGCUUUCAGCCACUCAUCUCCAAACGCUUUGUCAGCCGAGAGGUGAUUGUAACUUCAUCUGUUUUAGCAUGUGAAUUAGUCAAGGUUAGUUGUGCUCUUAUUCUAAUAGCAAAAGAAGGUAAUCUGAAGAAACUAUUCAAGAAUUGGACUUUGGUUGGCUCGUUGACUGCCUCAGGGCUACCUGCUGCUAUAUAUGCACUCCAGAAUAGCUUGUUGCAGAUUUCAUACAAGAAUCUUGAUUCUCUCACUUUUUCAAUUUUGAACCAAACAAAGCUGUUUUUCACUGCUUUGUUUACCUUUAUAAUAUUGAGGCAGAAGCAAACAAUUCAACAAAUUGGGGCUCUUUUCUUGUUGAUUAUUGCGGCUGUCCUUCUUAGUAUUGGUGAAGGCUCCAGCAAAGCAUCUGCUAGUAAUAAUAAUAAUCCUGAUGAAAUCUUAUUCUAUGGGAUUGCUCCAGUCUUGGUAGCUUCUGUACUCUCUGGCUUGGCUUCUGCAUUGUGUCAGUGGGCCUCUCAGGUCAAGAAACACAGUUCUUACAUGAUGACCAUUGAAAUGUCCAUAAUUGGGAGUCUCUGCUUGAUAGCUAGUGCUUUCAAGUCUCCAGAUGGAGAAGCCAUCAGACUGCAUGGAUUGUUCUAUGGUUGGACUGCACUGACAAUGAUCCCUGUUACACUAAAUGCCGUUGGUGGAAUUCUUGUUGGUCUUGUGACCUCCUAUGCUGGUGGUGUACGAAAGGGAUUUGUCAUUGUCUCUGCGCUCCUUGUUACCGCUCUUCUGCAGUUCAUCUUUGAUGGCAAACCUCCUUCGAUAUACUGCCUCAUGGCACUUCCACUGGUCAUUACUAGCAUCUCUAUUUACCAAAAAUACCCAUACCGUAUUAAGAAGAAGGAAUCAUGAAGAUGCAGCAUUUUGAGUGGAAGUUUACUUGGCCAUACACCAAAACUAGUUUUGAAUUUACUGACAGAUAUAGGGAAGAGUUGCUGUAAUGCUGUAUUAUUGUUAUUGUUUACAGAAGUUGACUGCCUCAGGUUAAUAUGUUGAGAAAGGAUUGGCAUUCUUAUAGAAUGAUAGUGUUCUAAAGAAAUAUGCACACAAUUAAAUUUUACAGAGU